AUGGCCGAUAUUGUUGAUAAUUUGGAAUCGGCGAAUUUCAAAUCGUCGCUCCCACCAAGGAAGAGAGCUAAAACUAAGGAAGAGAAGGAACAACGUCGUGUGGAGCGAAUUCUCAGGAAUAGAAGGGCAGCACAUGCGUCGCGUGAAAAGAAGAGAAAGCACGUUGAAUACUUGGAGAGCUAUGUGUUGAAAUUGGAAGACAACAUGUCGAGGUUGCAGAGCAACUUUGAUGGUGUAUGUGGACAGAUGUCGGCGAAACAGCUUGCAAAGAUAGACAUGCAAGAAAUGGACGAUUUGCAAGACUUGAAGGACAAGAUUCACACCAAUCUCAACGGGUCGCUUUUGGCGAAUGAGGGGGGAGACGACAAUCUCGACGAAGAAUUGACCCCACCGGCCGAGCAACCGGAUACGAAGAGAAGAAAGCUUUCUUCGGCCAACAGCUGUAGUUCGUUGACUACAGACCUGACCGAGUCGGUCGAACAGGAACAAGUGUCGUCCGACAAGGUGAACCAGAUACCACACAUCAAAAUGGAACCAAAUAGUGAUUCUAAUGAAUUGCUAUCGAUAACGAACGAAAAUGUUUACUACAACUAUUUAUCACCUAUUUCGAUUAAUUCGCCUAUCAAUUCUCCUAUUGAUUUGACGUUGAAGAAAUCGAGCGAAAACUUACCUCCAUUAUCAUUAGCCAACAACGACGGUGAUAUUGAUUCUUUAAAGGUGUACGAUCCUAUGGGGCAAAAUUCAGAAGAGAUUUUGUUGCCAAGGAGUUACGAUCAUCAAUGA